CUCAAAUCCCUCAGUUCUAAGUGAGACUUUUAUUUUGGUACUCUGUAAUGACCUAUCAAGUCUGCGCAGCGCUUUCGUGUUUGCGGUUCAACAGAGGAAAGUGACUAAACGCAGAGGAAAACUCCUGGAGAAGCGACUGAGAUCUGCUCUUCAUUAUCAUCUACUGUUAUAAAGAUGGCGUCUCUUAAAGAGGAGAGUGAAGAACUGAGGAUUACAGAAGUGUUCACACUGAAACAUGAAGAUCCUGAGGAGCAAACAGGGCUGAUUGUGCUGUCAGAAGAGACUCGGGAAGUGAAUGAAAUUGAAGAGAAAGAUCAGUGUGGGAAACAGACAGAUUUAAUGACCGAUGAACCAUCUUCAGUGGCAAAGAACACUUCCUGUGAAGGAGCUGAGAAAACCAAAUCUUUCCCCUGUCAUCAGUGUGGAAAACAUUUUAGUCGAAAACAUGGCCUUAAUCUUCACAUGAGAACUCACACUGGAGAGAAACCGUACUCGUGUACUGUAUGUGGAAAGCAAUUCAGUCAAAAUCGCUACCUUGAAUUGCACAUGAUCAUUCACACCGGGGAGAAGCCAUUUGCCUGUCGGCAUUGUGGAAAAAGAUUUAGUCGAAUGCGUUGUCUUAAAGCUCAUUUUCGUGUUCACACUGGAGAGAAGCCGUAUACCUGCCAACAGUGCGGAAGGAGUUUUGCAUAUAAGUCUACUCUUAAUUCUCACAUUAUCCAUCACACUGGAGAGAAACCGUUUCCGUGUGAUCAGUGUGAAAAGAGUUAUGUUUUUAAAAGUCAACUUAACCGGCACAAGAGGAUUCACGCCGAAGAUAAUCAUUUCAUAUGUGAUCAGUGUGGAAAGAGUUUUAAACGGAAAAGAUACUUUGACCAGCACAUGAAGAAUCACAGAGAGAAAUUUUUAAUAUGCGAUCAGUGUGGAAGGAGGUGCAUUAGUGAAUCAGGUUUGGAAUCGCACAUGAGAGUUCACACCGGAGAGAGACCUUACUCAUGCACAGAGUGUGGAAAGAGUUUCGGUCAAAAGCCCAACCUUGAGGUGCACAUGAGAGUUCACAGUGGAGAGAAGCCUUUUCCCUGCCAGCAUUGUGGAAAGAGAUUCGUUACGUCAUAUUUGCUUAAAUCCCACAUGAACGUUCACACUGGUAAGAAGCCGCAUACCUGCCGGCCGUGUGGAAAGAGAUUUGCUCAAUUGUCAGCCCUUAAAGUCCACAUGAGAGUUCACACCGGAGAGAGACCUUACACCUGCGCACAAUGCGGAAAGGGUUUCGCCCAGAAACACGGCUUUCAUGUUCACAUGAGAACGCACACUGGAGAGAGACCUUACAAAUGCACGCAGUGUGGUAAAGGCUUUACAAGUAAAGAGAGCCAAACUAUACACAUGAGAACUCAUUACACUGGAAUUAAACCGUUCGCAUGUGAUGAGUGUGGAAAGAGAUUUGUAUGUAAAACUUACCUCAACCAGCACAUGAAGAUCCACACAGAAGAGAUUACAUGCUUUCAGUCUGAAAAGAGGUUCACUGUAAGGACCCGCAAAUUACACAUGGCCAAGCAAGCCUGCAAGUCUGGCCACAAUAACAAUCCUCAAGAUUUGCACAAGUGAGCAUUUCAGCCCUGUCUUGCCGAUUAAUCUAGCAACAAACAUCCAGUGCUGCUGCGCCUGUUCGUGUCUAUGCUAUGAUUUACUCCACGGAAAUGCCUGUUUAAAGGGCCAUGAAACCCCCUCGUUUCAGCAGGGUGUUUUCACACCUCUACUUUGGAAAAAGUCAGAAAAGUGGGCGUGUACACAUAAUACAC